AUGUCACUGUACGUUUAUGAUAUCUCUUGUGUUAUGUUUCGAGAACGUCUACUGCGAAAAAUGGGUGAUUCUGGUAAUGCUCAUUACUGUGUUUCCUUUAUAUGCACUGAUGAAUGUCUGAAGGAACUAGAAGAUGUCCAUUGGUUCAAUAUACUAGAUUUGGCUUCUGGAUAUUGGCAAGCCGGUCCAACCCAAACAUCUGACUCAAUUGACCUAGACAUUCACACUGAACUACCAGAGCGAGGACAAUGGGACAGCAAGGCUGAGUUUAUCCUAUCAUGUAUUGGGUUGUCAGUAGGUAUUGGGAAUGUGUGGAGGUUCCCAUACCUGGCCUAUCAAAAUGGUGGAGGUGCUUUCUUGUUUCCUUACAUCAUCCUUCUCAUUCUUGUUGGUAAACCAAUGUACUACAUGGAAGUUGCAUUGGGUCAGUUCUCAAGCCUUGGCCCCUUUUCUGUCUGGAGGUGUUUUCCCUUAGGAAAAGGAAUUGGGGCAGCUAUGGUGAUAAUAUCCAUUGUUGUUUCUAUCUACUACAACGUUGUCAUGAGCUAUUGCUUAUUCUAUGUGGCACACUCAUUCCAUUUCAUUAUACCAUGGGAUGGUUGUUUUGAUUGGUGGGGAGCAGACAACAUUACUUGUUACGUCAGAACAAAAGACCAGGUACUGAUAUGGAUGAACAAAAAUGCUCUUCUAUCUCCAGAUCUCUACUAUUCUACUUUAAGUAACUGCACUAAUGCCACUCAGACAGCAACAGAGCAGUUCUGGGAAAAGUUUGUACUGGACAUGACUGAUGGUAUUGAAAAUAUUGGAACCAUCAAAUGGGACUUGGCAGUGUGUCUUUUAGUUUCAUGGAUUAUUGUGUUCCUGUCUCUCAUGAAAGGUGUCAAGUCAUCAGGAAAGGUUGUCUACUUCACAGCAACAUUCCCAUACAUUAUUUUGAUUAUACUGCUUGUGCGAGGAGUAACACUACCUGGUGCUGUGACUGGAAUUAAAUAUUUUUUUGUGCCAGAAUGGGAAAAGUUAUUGGAUAUAAAGGUCUGGCAAGCUGCAGCAGAACAGCUUUUCUUCUCCCUCAGUGUCUCUUGGGGUAGUCUCAUUAUGUUUGGAAGUUACAAUAAAUUUCACAACAAAGUUCACAUGGAUGCUAUGUUUGUCAGUUCUCUAGACUUUUUGACAAGUCUAAUAGCUGGAAUUGUAAUUUUUUCUGUACUGGGAAACAUGUCUGAAGAGUUGAACAUUGACAUCAAGAAUGUUGCCAAGGAAGGACCAGGCCUUGCAUUUGUAGCAUAUCCUGAGGCCUUAUCUCAACUACAGUGGUUACCACAGCUGUGGUGCAUUUUGUUCUUUUUUAUGUUAUUCCUCUUGGGACUUGAUAGUGAGUUUGCACUCUUGGAGACAUUUCUGACAGCUAUUUAUGAUGAAUUUCCAUCAUCACGCAGACAUAAAUUUAUCAUAACUUUAUUUUUUUGUGUUGUCUGUUUUUUUCUGGGAUUGCCUUGUGUUACUCAGGGAGGACAGUAUGUUUUAAACCUCAUGGAUACUUAUGGAAGUGGUUACAGUGUGAUAUUUAUUGCCAUCUGUGAACUAAUAGCCCUUAUGUGGGGUUACGGUGUAUGUAGGUUUUCUGAUGACAUGGAGUUCAUGCUAGGAUCCCAUCCUGGUCUAUUUUGGAAGGCUUGUUGGACUGUGAUAUCACCAUUGAUUUUAAUGUGCAUCUUUGUUUAUAGUUUGGCUGAGCACAAAGGAAUUAAGUAUGGGGAAAACUACCAGUAUCCACUAUGGGCUGAUGGUGUUGGUUGGUUACUAGCACUCAUAUCUAUGGGUCAGAUACCACUAUGGGGGUUCUUUAUUCUUCUGAAAAACUGCAAGAACCUGCACAUGGUGGUAAAGGCUGAAUCUAAUUGGGGUCCAGGAGACAAUGAAGCUAGGGUUAAGUACUUCCAAGACAGAACACUAAACCUUGUCAUGACAGAGAAUAUCAACUCACAUGGAAUCAACAAUCCUGCACUUAUAAAUGGAACAGACUUAAAAUAAAAUUAGUAAGAAACCAAAGAAUUAAUAAUGUUCACAAUAACCUCAAAAUGAUUUGGACAUUAUAAACAUAGAAAUUCUAAAAUUUUUCAUGAAAAAAAAUGAAAUGUAGAUGUCUUUUUUAAGCUGAGUGAGUGAGUAAAGAUCAACUGUGAAUAUUUUUAUCCAAAGUAUUAUUGCACUGAAUGUCAAUUAUUGGUACAAAAUCUACUGAUUGUGUUGUAUAAAGCAAGAACCCUCGAAUUAGAUUGUAAUCAUUUAGAGCUAUAUUUUAUUAUUUAAUAAAAAAUUGAACUUGUUACCGGAACAGAUGGUAAAGUACGGGUGUACAGCCAACUGUUUAGGCAACUUUUAUUAUACAGAGUGUUUUAUUUUACAUAUAUUGAAACUAAACUCAUACUGACUGUAAUACACAUUCAUUUCAUAAGUGUUCUACAUCAUCAUAAUUUUAUUAAUUAUACAAGAACUGGAAUAUAUUAAACAGCUAAAUCAAGUAUUUCAUGAUGGAUAUAAAAUUUUAGGGUGUGUAGUUUGUAAUACCUUUGAAUUUUAUUUUAUUAAGUUCAUUAAGUAUAAGAAGCAAAAAAAAAUAGGUAAUUAUAUUUUAGUUGAAUUGAAUUUUUCAUUGUGCUUGAUAGAGGAGUUUUAUUUGUAUGUAACAACAAGCCUGUAGAAUGAUUGUAUUGUUCUUUAUAAUGUGUUGAAAAACAUUU